GUUUGUCAUCAGGUCACUCACAUAAAAGUGGAACAGGAUCGCAGAACAGGAGAGAUGAAUGCCAAGAUGAAGUUGUUUAUUUUCGGUAUCAUCUGUGCAUUAUGGCAAGUCAGUCAUCAAAAUCCAAAGGGCCACUGGACUCUGAUGCCCCACAUUUUGGUCGUGGAGGUGGAUGGCACUUUGGGCCAGCAGCCACUGAGCUGCCUGGAGUUUCCAGAGGAUCUUACGGGAAGAGGUGACAUGAAUGAGGAUAUUUUUUGGAGGAGGAACGGAGUGGAGGAAGAACAGACAGGAAACACAUAUCUGCUGCAGCUGGAGGAAAGCUUAGGAGGGGGGAACUACACCUGCCACCACAAGGAUGGAUCGCUCCUCAAUUACACUGUGGUCCUGAUCCAAGAGGAUGAGACUAACAGGAGGAGGAUCCUUGUGAAAAACGGCCAAGAAGAUUAUUUAGAGUGCUCUGCCCAAAAUUACAACGGAGAGUUCCACUGCUCUUGGACCUGGCACAGCAGUCGCGUAGGCAAAGUGGCAUUUAUCAAAGCUCGACGUGUGACUGACGACAGUGGCACCCAGUGUUCUGUGGAUGCCAGCGGUCAAGAUUGGACAUGCUCUUCGGGUCAGAGUAACUUCAGAUGUUCAGUGGACGACAGCGGACGCAGGAUCUUGUGCGUAGACGAGCAGCACUGCCCCUAUGCUGAGGAGACCCAGCAUAUUCACAUCAAUGUCUACGUGAUGACAGAGCAUUUCCUGGUGGAGAACUACUUGAAACACUUUUACCUGUCAGAGAUCUUGAAACCCGAUAAGGUGAAUAUCAGUAAAGUCAACACCACGGUGAUAGAGUGGAGUUACCCGAGCUCUUGGAGCAGUCCCUACUCCUACUUCCCCCUCACUUUCCAGAUUGCACAGCUCAGGAGGGGUUGCAAAAGGUGUGACAACCCGUGCACUGGCUUAAAAGCCACUAAGACCCUGAGAGUCCACUCGACAGACAUUUGUCAGUUUGAAGUCAAGCACAAGGCUAAGGCCAUCUGUGUCCGGGCUAAAGAUGCUUUCUGUGACUCACAAUGGAGCGAGUGGAGUCAUAUCAGAUUGAAGAAACACAAGAAGAACAAAAAGAGCAAACGUCAGCAAGACAAAUAAUGAGCUUCAGGAAAACAAGAAUCCCAAACUGAAUAUCUUUUCAAAUGUUAUGUUUAUUAUUUAUAUGCUUUUAAUAUUUGUGC